GUCAUCACCACGCGUCCAAAACACAGGUCUACGGUCUUCACAUCUGGCACUCAGAAGAUCAAACUGAGCAUCCCAUCUAACCAGAAAGACCCAGGCAUUCCACUUGUAACCUGCAUGCUGUAAGGUCCAAGCUAUGUUGACAAAAACAGAGGAAAGGAAGCCCACGAAAGGAGAAGGAAAGAAGAGGAAGCAUCCCGGCGAAGAUGGAGAUGGAGGAGAAAGCAAGAGGAGGGAAGGUGAAGAAGGAAAAGGGGGUCAGGGAGACGGUGGCAGGAAGCGUCUGGACGCCCUGAGUGUGGGCUAUUUCCGCCGAGUUGGGGAAAGACUCAGUGAAGGCUUUGAAGAUAAUGAGGACAGAGAGAUGUUUGUGGAAAACGUCCUGACAGAAGUGAGAGGUAAAGCUACGGUGGUGUCGAUGGACCAGACGGGAAGCAUCACCCUGCAGCGGCUGCUCCCACUGUGCAGCCCUGACCAGGUGGCCACGGUGCUGGCUGAACUGGGUGGAGAAUUAGGGUCCGAGUUCAAAACGGUUUCUUGUGAUCGGUGCGGCGGCCACGUAGUGGAGAGUGCAGUCAGACAGAUGUCCAGGUGCAUAGAGUCGUCUGCCACCGCAGAAGAAGAAGAGGAGAGUUGUGGAGUGUUGGAUGCCCAGGUGUUGUCUUUAAGUAAGGCGGUGAGAGACAACAGCGAAGAGUUCAUCAAACAUGUCCAUGGCUCACACGUGGUCCGCACACUUUUACACGUGCUGGCCGGCUGUCUCGGACCAGCCCGCACUGAGACUCGUCCAGGUGCAAAAGAACGCAACGUCGCUCCACAGUUGACAGACUUUGAGAUUCCCACCGCAUUUUGGUACGAGCUGAAAAGUCUUACAGACACCUUGAUGGACAACGUUAAUCUAAGUGUGAUUGAUGCGGUUGCAAGUGUCGUGUUCCAGACCAUGUUGACUGUGUGUCACAGAAAGCGGCCUAAACUUUGCAAACAGCUCCUCAAACGCAUCAUGGAGUACCUGACAAGUCGCAGUGCUGCUCCAGGAGUGAGUCCACUUCUGGUCUUUCUCAAAGACAAGGCCUCCAGUCACCUCAUUGAGACAAUAAUACAGCUAUCCCACAAGUCCCUUCUCCGGGACCUCUACAAGAACCACCUCAAGGGUCAGCUGGUUGACUUGGCCCUCCAUUCCAUUGCCAACUUCCCCAUACAGAGGCUAACCGCAGCCUCGGCCAAAUACAAACUGUUCCUGAAGUUGUUUGAUGAGCUGAUCCAAGGCGUGGAGGCCAUCUUGGCUGCGGGUCACAUGGGUGUGAUUGUCCAACUGGCUGAGAGCUGUGCAGAAAGUGGAGAGAAACAGGAGGAUAUGAUGCAGUGCCUCCUCCAUGCGUUCCACUGUGCCGAGCCCGGCUCUCGACACGUCAGCUGCCUCCCUCUCUUCAUGUCCCUGAUCACCUAUGAGGUGUAUUACCACUCUGACACAGCAGAGGGCAACAUACAGACAGAGGUCCCUCUGUCAUCCAUCUGUUACCACGGCUCCCGGCUGGUCCAGGCGCUGACCAAGUUCAAGGAGCGCUCACUCCUCCUCAGCAGCCUGCGCACUCUGAGCCCCGCUGACCUCCUGACGCUGGCUUCUGACCCGUCGGGCAGCCACGUCCUCCAGGCCCUCAUCACCUCAUCCAGUGACAAGGGCAGAGGCAAAAUCCUCAAGAGACUGGAGGGCCAGUAUGUUCCAAUGGCCUGCUCCAGGCUGGGUAGUCGGGUGCUGGAAGCCAUAUGGAACAGUGCGACAGUCAGUCACAGGCAAAGCAUUGCACAGGAACUAGUGCUGGGUGAAAGCCAGCUGAGGUCGGAUCAGUUUGCUCGCCAUGUGUGGGCCAAAUUUGCCCUUUCCCACUUCAUACACAGAAGAGCUCAUUGGCAGGAAAUACAGACAGGCGAGUCCAAGAAGCGGAAGCUGUUCAGUGACAUCCUUGAGUAAAAA